UGGGGACGUGAAAUGAAGAUAAACGCUCAUUGAAAUGGCGUCAGUGACGGUACGGAGCUGGGUUCUUUGCACGGUGUCACUGCUAAAUUUAUUGUUUGUAUUUAUAUCCGGAGCCGACUUUAUUCGGUUUGUAUCAUUUCGAGCAAUUUAUCAUAACAUUACAGGGGAGACGACACUCUGUCAAGACUCCAUACCGUGGUCGGUGGCCUUGAGCGACAGCUCUGUCCUCAAGUCACUUGCAGUGGAUCUGUGCCUGCUGGCUCUCUUCACUACACAGCACAGUUUGCUGGCCUGGUCACCUGUCAAACAGGCCCUUCAGUCUGUGCUGGGGUCCCUCAACAGGACUGCAUACUGCUUCACUACUGCACUGGUUCUUCAGAUCUUGAUACGUUAUUGGCAACCUGUGACUGGGGCCCCCUGUUUGUGGUCAGUACGUCAUGCACCCUGGAGUAUCUGGUUUCCUUUGCUCUGUUUUGCUCUGCACUUCCUCUGCUGGUCCAUCAUCUGCAGCAUCCUCAUGAUAUUUGAUUAUCCAGAAUUAUUGGGUAUCAAGCAGGUGUAUUAUGAGUGUCUUGGUUUAGGAGACCCUCUCUGUCAAAAGUCACCACAUGUCCAGCGACUCCUGUCCCACCUCCGCCAUCCGGUGUGCCUGGAGCUGGGCAUCAUCCUGUGGCUCCUGCCGGCCUUAUCCCUGGACAGGCUCCUGCUGGCGGGGACUAUGUCGACCUAUCUGGCCCUGGCACACUCCCUGGACAAGCAGGAUUUAGCCUUCCUCUGUGUGCAGCUUAAAAGUAAGAUGCAGCUCUUUGCUGAGCCACAGCAGGGCAGUACUGACACCACAACCGACCAGGACAACAGAAACCACAAGAAGAACUGAGGUCAAGGUUGCCCCACUGCCCCAAUCCGAAGCUGCCUUGUUAUUAACAAGAAAUAUUCUUUCAGGGAUGUUUGUUUGUUUUGCAUCUUGGAAUGUGGGUUUUUUUAAAAGGUGAUUUUCAUUGCAUUUUUUAACCUUUUGGCUUGUAUUAGACUGACAGAACAAUUAUACAAUAACACGCUCAAUGUUCCUGUUUUAAACUGCACUGACUUGUUUUCGUUUGUUCCUCAGAAUAUUUUUUAUGAUCUGUUACAUCUAGGUGUCAAGUAUGUUGACAUUAUGCUGAUUUCGGAUUUAAUUCUUCUUGGAAAACAGUGUCAGACUGAAAUUUCACACUGAGAAGAACUGCUUGGGGGGAACAAACAAAGCCUUGUAUCAUUUCUGAUGCUAUGAAUGUAUUUCCUCAGUUAUUUCAUUGAAUCUGUGUUGAUAGCAUCAGAUUCAUAGAACAUCAGAUUAAUAUGUGACUUGAAGCUGAACACACUAAACAAACUGGGUUGAUAUUUCAUGCCUCAACUUAAUUGCUAUUUAAGUUAGCUCCUGUUAGCAUAACAGGGUAAUUUGCGUUUUUCAUUUUCAGCUCACAGUACUGUAUUGCUUGAUUUCAUAUAUUUUGUACACUAAUGUUGGUUUUCCAUUAGUCUGCACUGUUUCAGUGUAACUAUAAUAACGUUCAGUAUUUUGAAUAAAUUUAUUGUGAAUGUUG